GUCAUUUUUGGGAUUUAUUAAAACAACAAUAUAUUGUCGGGCUAACGGAUCCUAAAUUUCACAGUUGUUUUCAUACCAAAUUCCGUAAUGUUUGAGGUUGAACAAAGUCCGUUGCCCCAGAGGGAAACUAAACCGGAUCCGAAGGCAGAUGGAAUCAGUGAAUGUGUGCGUUCUCUGGACACCCAAGCAUCCGUUUACAAUGCAACGGAAUCUACGGAGCCGGCUUUGAGUCCUGCGGAUCUGCCUGCCGGAACCCGAAAGGCCUUUCUCCGACACAUGAUCAGCCAAUUGCCGGAAUCCGUACAGAAUCGAAUUAAAGUACUUAAACAAAAUCAGCUGCAACAGGUGCGUAUUUCGGAGAAGUUUUUUCGAGAGGUCUACGAUCUGGAACGGCGAUACUACAGUCAGAGUUGCGUCCUUUUCGAUACGAGGAGAGAUAUUUUGGAUGGUGUGGUGGAGCCACCCGUCCAAACAGAAAGCUCUUGGCCCGAGGAACCGCAGGAUACGUUGCCCCUGGACUUUGAGAACAACGAAGAGCUGCGUCAAUUAAAAUUGAAAUUGACGCCAAUAGUGCCAGAUUCUUUGGGUAUUCCACGCUUUUGGUUGACCGUCUUCCAGAAUGUUCCCCUGCUUUCGGAACUGGUUCACGAUCAUGAUGAACCGUUGCUGGAGUGCCUGAUGGAUGUGCGACUGGCAUACGAUCAGGAUAGCUAUACGGUUAUCUUCCAGUUUCGACCUAACGGCUUUCUGCACGACUCUUCGCUGCUGCUGACGAAGCGCUAUUUCCUGCAGCACUUGGCGGACCAGGACUAUCCUUUCUUGUUCGAGGGCCCGGAAAUAGUGCGAUGCGAGGGUUGCCACAUCCACUGGCGCGAUGGUUCCAAUCUGACUCUCCAAACGGUAGUGAGCCGACGAAGGAACAGAGCCCGCAGUGUCACUAAGGUGAUGCCUCGUGAAUCUUUCUUUCGUUUCUUUGCUCCGCCGCAGGCUUUGGAUUUGUCCCUUGCAGAUGAGAAAACCAAGCUGAUUCUUGGUAACGACUUUGAAGUGGGUUUCCUGCUGCGUACGCAAAUCGUCCCAAAAGCAAUUCUCUUCUAUACAGGCGAUCUGGUGGAGAGCCUGAACGAACCGGAUGCUCGCUCCUUGUCCUCCGAAGUGGAGCUGAGGCAGGUUUUGUGAAUGCAACAAGUCUUACCAUAAACCACUUGUUUACAUGAUUGUGGUUAGGUUAAAUAGUUAUCAUCUAUGAUCAACAAUAUUCUAUGGUUUGGGCAAAACCUAUACAAAUAUAAGAUAGUAUACUUACGAUUUUAAAUCAUGAAUAUAAAGUGACUUU